GUUGAGGCUUUCUAAGAGGAACACUUUUUAUUCUCAGGAAGACGACAUGGGAGGAGGGGGCUCCAGACCUGAACCCGACGAUGGCGGAUCGAGCCCGAGUCCCACGGUCGCGACGGUCGCCGCUGCCCCCACCGCGCCGCAGCACACCGCCAUACAGCAUUUGGCCUUCGCCUUUCUUGCUGGGGUCCUGCUGACACUGCUUCUGCUGGCCCUGGUCUUCUUCAUUGUAAAAUGCUGCAGGAAAUGUCACUCCAGUCCCUGGGCCCUGGAUCCUCCCUUAGACCCUCACUCCGGCCAUGAUCCUCCAGCCAAGCUCUCAUCCCCGGAGGGAGCACUUACCUAUGCUAAAGUAACUUUCAAAAUCUCAGAAGAAACGAACAAUCACCUGACUGAGAAACAUUCUGCGAACUUGGACCCCGUUGUCUAUGCUCAAGUCAAAGUGACAGACUCUCCCUACCUUUCCAAUGAGGCUUGAUAUCAGUCCCUCUUCUUCUCAGCUCCAUCUUUACACAUCACUUUCCCUUUGGACAAACUCCAGACCACGGCCUGGCCAAACUCCAGAUGGAGCUGUUUGUGUGAUCUGGAAACAUUAGCCAGCAGUUUUGAAGACCAAGGGUCAGUCUUUCUCUUGGCCUAAGAGGAGGUUACUGGCCCUCCCAUUUUGACCGGCAGCUUGUUAUUCCUUUGAGAACUGAGACUGCUCCCUUGUCCCCUUCCAAAGUGUGUGGUACCGAGCUCAGCACACACAAAGUGUUUGCUCAGUGCCACUGACCAACUUGGGGGAAGUCAGCCAAAUGGGCAAGUUAGCAAGAAUUACA